AAACAGGCAAUUACAAUGAAGGGGAAAAAACAGUAUUCAUUAUUCAUUGUAUAAGCUAAAGAAAACAUGCAGUGACAUUAACACGGGCACUUAAUCCAUUCUACUUUAUCAGCCAUAAAGUCUAGAAUACAGUGGAACCAAUCAGUUCUUCUCCUCAUAACGAGAAGUUGACUGUUUUGCUUUGUAAUUUUCCCGUUGCAUCAGAUCAGCUAUAAAAUUUGAAUAUUGAGGUCGAUCUCGUGAUGUAGAAAGUUGUCUAUCAAUAAAUCUCACUGUUGGCCACUUAAAACCGAUCGAUCCAGGCGAAAGCAGUGCAUAGGUUUCAUUGAAUGGAUUUAAUGGAAAAUCUUAAAACAAGACAAAUUAUUGAAAAUUUGUUACACUUGUGAAUCUGGUAAUAUAUAUGAGAGCUUUAUGAUCCAUACCAGAUGCGUUUGUUAAUUUUCUUUGGGCUGAUUUGCCUGUCAACAGCUGACAAGGAGAACCCAAUUCCUGUCAGCGACACAGGAGAAGGCACGCGCUGUGACGCGGACUUAGACGUCGCUCAGACCUGUAUCACGUGUUCCAGACUCCCCCAAGUCAUUGCCGUCAAGUUGACGGACUGCUGCAGUGAAGACAAAGCAUUUAAAUUCUGUCAGAUUUGUACGAAAAUAACCGAGGAGUGCCUAAAAGAAGCCUUUAGUAUCAACAAUCUCAAGGAAGGUGUAAUUCUAGAUAAUCCCGAAGACAGUGAAGAAGAAUUCGUACCGGAAGAUAAUGAGGAGAACGAAAUGGAUAAGAGGUAUGGAGCACUGUCGAUGAGCGGUUCUAGUGGAUACUUAUACGGAAAGCGAAAUGUUGAUAAGAGAUAUGGACGCUUAGGAUUUGGCGGAUCUCGUGGUUUUCUAUAUGGAAAACGUAGUGAUGAUAAGCGGUACAGUCGCCUCGGUAUCGGUGGAUCAAGAGGAUUUUUGUACGGUAAGAGGGACAUGGAUAAACGAUAUAAAAGUUUAGGAAUGGGCGGAUCUACUGGCUAUUUGUAUGGGAAACGCAGCGACGAAGAAAAAAGAUUCGGAAAAUUGGGAUUAGGUGGGUCAAGUGGUUAUCUCUACGGAAAACGGGACGGUGAUAAAGAAAAACGUUUCUGGAGACUCGGUGUGAAAGGGUCCAGGGGCUUUUUUUAUGGAAACCCAAACAAACGCUUUGGACGGUUAGGCGUGGGUUCGUCUAGCGGCUACUUAUAUGGUAAACGCUGAGCAAACAAACAACUUCAUUGGUUCUUGGGGAUUAUGUGGAUCCCUGGAUAAUAACAAGUGUUUGCAUGCCAAAUGCAAAAUGUAUAUUUUACUUGUUACAACAUUGUAUAUUUAUUUUAUUACUGUUUUAAAUGCAAUUGUUUUUGUACCUGUAUUCAGUUUGACAAUCAGACUUGUGUUUAUGAUCUUAUAUGGUGUACAUUUCAGUCAUCUCAGUAAUAAACAUUCAAACUUCG